AUGGUGAACCCAAAGAGGCUCGUGGAGGCUGCAAGGAGAUGGAACAAGGUGGCGGCGCAGGGGAGAGGAGCCUCGCGCAAGGGCGGGCACUUCGCGGCGUACACGAAGGACGGGUGCCGGUUCCUCGUUCCCAUAGACUACCUCAACUCCUCCAUCUUCCGAGAGCUUCUCGAGAAGUCGGAGGAGGAGUUCGGCGUCGCGGGCGGCCGGCCGAUCGUUCUGCCGUGCGACGCCGUCUUCAUCGAGCACAUCAUGGCGACGCUUCAGACCACGGCGAGGUUUAGAAGAAACGUGUGCGAUCAACAUUGCUAACUUCUCUACCUCAUGCUCGUCAUCAGCUUCUUCUUUCUCCCUUACCUCCUCUCAACACUUCCAUUUCAUGCCAAUAACCUAAGUUAGC